AUGUCCCACGGGCCGCCGCAACCUCCUCCGCCGAAUCUUUUCGGUUUUGGCCCUGUCGCCGUUGGGGACGUCGGUUACGGUCCCGCCGAUGUACAAACCUCGCAGAUGGGCACCGGCCCAACCCAGGACGAUGCCAUGAUGUCCCUCAUGGACGGGUCCAUGUUCAAUCCCUUCGACACCAUGUCCAUGAGCCUCGACGGCGCCGACGACGUCAAUCUCGCGCAAUCCUUCACCCCGGUCACCACCGCCGCUGCCACCCCCCAAGGCGCCAUGAUGCGCACUGACAACGCAGUUUUCACGCCCGGCGGCGGCCCCACGACGGAUGGCAAUGCUCCCGGGGCGGGACCCCUCCCCACCACCACCUUCGGCCAGAUCAACUUCCCCGGCGGCAGCACCCUGACUGAGUUUACCAAGCGGAGGAACUGGCCGGCCAAGGUCGUCGAGGAGCUCAAGGACUUCCUGCAGAUCCUCGACGCCAACGGGCGCAUCUCGCACGUGUCGCCCAGCAUCACCACCCUGACGGGCUACGCGACCGAGGAUAUCGUAGGGACCUUCUUGAAGGAUUUCAUACAUCAGGACGACGUCGGAGUCUUUGUCGCCGAGCUCAACGAGUCGAUCGCGACCGGCAAUCCGCUGCGCAUGUUUUACAGGUUGCGGAAGAAGGAUGGGAACUAUGCCAUUUUCGAGUCGGUAGGCCACGCCCACAUCGCCGCCGCCAAGUUCGCGCCCAACCCCAACAAUCAGUCGCCCUUUUGCCAGGCCGUCUUCAUGAUGUCCCGGCCGUACCCGACCAAGAACACGACCCUCCUCGAUUCGUUCCUAGAACACAAGAUUGAGAACGAGAGGCUAAAACGUAGGAUAGCGGAGCUCCGCAAAGAAGAAGCGGACGAUGUGGACGAGGCCCAGAAGCAGUGGCGGCAGAGCCAGGAGGGCAGGUCAGAAAUCGCGGCGUCCGAGACUACGAUGAUGACGCCCUCGACACCCUACCACCACGGCAUGGACUCCAUGGUCCCCGGGUCCGAGCGCAUGCCCGAGGGCGCGCUGACGCGGGAGAACCUGCAAGGUGUCGUCGGCAGCAGGCCAGAUUCGCUGCGGGAGAAGAUGGCUCGCUACGAGGGCGCCACGCACGCCGAUACCAUUGAGAUGCUGACGGGCCUGAGGUACCAGGAGGGCGAGAGGAGCCGGGGCAUCACGACCGGCAACGCGAGCCCGACGCUGAUCAAGGGCGACGCCGGCAUCGCCAUCCCCAUGGACCGGGACCCGAGGACGGGAGAGAAGAAGAAGAAGCUCAAGGUCGCCGAAGAAUACGUUUGCACUGAUUGCGGCACACUCGAGUCGCCCGAAUGGCGCAAGGGACCAAGCGGGCCCAAAACGCUAUGCAACGCCUGCGGUCUGCGGUGGGCCAAGAAGGAGAAGAAGAGCAAGAGCAUCUCCGGCGGCGCAAAUCCCAUGGUCGACUCCUCCGCGGCUUGA